GGCGCCGAGACUGAGCAGAGCAGUGGCCAAAAAGGGUUCUAAGUAAGCGCAGUCGCAGGCACAGCCCCGUUUUUUUUUUCCAGCCAGCAGUAGUGCUUCAGCAGCAGCUAUUUCGCUGUUUCGCUGUUACCUGUUGGGAACUGUUACCCAGCUCGUCCAUGAAACGGACCGUGAGUGGACCGGUGUGGACGGUGCGGUAUCUGGUGGUGCUCGGGACCUGGUGCUGGGUGCUGCCGUCCACUGUCACCGGCAAAACGACCACAUUCGACACCAGCAAACCGGAGUUCAUCCGUACCUGCCGGUUCACGGAUCCACAGUUCGUCGAGUGCUCAACCGAUUCGGUGCAGGGGCUGUUCGAUAAGCUCGUCACAGGUAUCGAAGGGCUGGAGCAUGUGGGCACCAUCGACCCAAUGAAGAUCAGCAAAAUACGCAUCCUGCAGGGCGACGGACCGGUCAGUGUAAAUGCCUCGCUGUCCAAAGUGGUGGUAACCGGUUUCGCCAGCACCAAGGUGAUCCGUAAUGUCGUGAGCAGCAAGGACUAUGGCUGGGAGACGCACAUCCGGCUGCCGAAGAUGCGGCUCGAGGGUAGCUACCACAUGCAGGGCCGCAUCCUGGUGAUACCACUGAACGGGCACGGCAAGUGCUGGUUCGAACCGAGCGGUAUGGACAUCAUCAUGCGCACCACGACGUCACUGUACGAGCGGGACGGGCACGUGUUCUACAACGUGACGGCCACCAAGGUCGACUACACCAUUUCCGGUCUUCGGCUGCACAUGGGCAACCUGUUCGAGGGCGUCAAGGUGCUGGAGGACAGCACCAACCAGUACCUGAACGACAACUGGCGCCCGGUUUCGGAGGCCCUCAAGCCGAUCAUCGCCAAAACGAUCGAGGACAUCCUGCUCGCGAUCAUGCAGAACAUCUUUCACCAGCUGCCGGCCGACUACUUCGUGGCGGAUCUGCCGCGGGCGGGCUGACGGGCCGCGCACGAACCGCACGCACCACGAAUAAACGCCGCUUUAACUGCUUCCGUUAGUGACCUAGCUCUGCGUGAUGAGUCAUCCGAAAAAUAUAAAUGGAUACUCGUUUGAAAGAUUAUAAAUUUAUUCAGGUAGCCCUGUGGAGUUUUUGUUGAUUUUCCUAUUUUUCGAUUUUUGGCAGCAUUUUGAAGUUGAAAAAGUGAUGUUUUCAGUCAUUUUGCCUAAAAACACGAUUUUGAAAGAUUUGUUUCAAAAAAAGUAUCGACAAUUUUAAUGAAAUCUCGACGGUGCUACCUGGCAA